CAAGGCAGACCAGUGCGGGUGCCUCCCCCUCUGGGAGGCCAGAGGACCCGAAGAUGGAAGAGCAGGUGUUCAAGGGGGACCCAGACACCCCUCAUUCCAUCUCCUUCUCUGGGAGCGGGUUCCUUUCCUACUACCAGGCUGGGGUCGUGGAUGCUCUGCGAGACCUGGCCCCGAGGAUGCUGGACACAGCCCAUCGCUUUGCAGGGACUUCAGCUGGCGCAGUGAUCGCAGCCUUGGUCACCUGUGGGAUUGAAAUGGACGCUGCUCCUGUGGUGGCAUGCUGUUCCUGCAGACGCUGCUCCUGUGGUGGCAUGCUGUUCCUGCAGACGCUGCUCCUGUGGUGGCAUGCUGUUCCUGCAGACGCUGCUCCUGUGGUGGCAUGCUGUUCCCGCAGACGCUGCUCCCGUGGUGGAAUGCUGUUCCCGCAGACGCUGCUCCCGUGGAUGUGUGCCAUCCCCAUGUGCCAUGGACGCCAGACCCCAUGUGCCAUGGAUGCCAGACCCCUGCUCAUUGCUUUGCUGACGGACUCCCCAAGUCCUGCGGUUGUCAGCAGUGCCGCAGCCCUGUAUUGCAGCUGCUUUGUUCCUGUCUACUGUGGCCUCAUCCCCCCAACAUAUCGGGGUGAGAGGUACAUCGACGGUGGCUUCACGAGCAUGCAGCCCUGUGCCUUCUGGAAAGACUCCAUCACCAUCUCCACCUUCAGCAGCCAGCAAGAUAUCUGUCCUCGAGAUUGCCCCGCCAUCUUCCAUGACUUCCGAAUGUUUAACUUCUCCUUCCAGUUCUCCUUGGAGAAUAUCACCCGAAUGACACACGCGCUGUUUCCCCCAGACCUGGUGAUCCUGCAGGGUUACUACUAUCGGGGAUAUGAUGAUGCGGUCUCAUACCUGCGGAGGCUGAAUGCUGCGUACCUUGACUCUCCGAGCAAGAGAGUGAUUUUCCCGAGGGUGGAAGUAUACUGCCAGAUUGAGGUUGCCCUUGGCCAUGAGCCCCCAGCUCUGUGGGGCCACCAUGAAGAUUCCUCACGACCCCAUGAACAGGAGGCCCCCAAAGAGGACAGAAAGGACAGCCCGUCCCCAGCUUCCCCACCAGUGCAGACACCUGAAUCCAGGGGUAAGGGGGUUGUGGGGUCACCACCGGGCUCGUCAUCUGAGCAGUCAUCAGCAUCACCAUCGGCCAUGUCCCAGCUGGGCCCAGUAGUGAGGCCCGAGCUGGCCACUGACCCCAGUGACAUUUGCCCAAUAAAUCUUCAAACUGCAAACCCCGAGCAAGGAGUGAAGGACGGCAGUCAACUGGACCUGGGUGCUGACGACGACCCUGGCACAAAUAGCUUGCCACCCGUGUUGCACACCUGGCUGUCCUCUACAGACACACACAGCUCGGAGGCUGGAUCCUCAGUGCCCGUGUCAUCCCCCGAAUCCCUUCAUCACUCGGGACACACUCAGGCAGCCACAGCAGCCAGGACAGACCCCGGACUUCUGCCCUCAAGCCCUUCCACACCACCUGCCCUGUCACCUGUGGAGGAGCUGGGCCCGGAGCAGCCCACAGGGCCUCCAGCCUCUUCACAGCUGACAAGCUGGGCAGCACCGGACACCAGGAAGCCAGCCCCCCACAAGCCUCUGGUGUAAGUGGACUGUCCUGCUGUGGAUUCAAACAGGGCAAACAAGAUGUUCAAGAAGAAACAGAAGACAAAUGCGACCAGAGAGUGCUUCCAGAGAAACCUUCGGUCCAAGAAGCCAGCUAGCAAACUGCAGCCCGCUCCUUGCCCGCUCGACUUCCCUGUACUCUCCACUUCUAAGACAGUUUGGGUCACCUACAAGCCUCAUCCCAACCGGACCCAAGAAUACAGCUGCCCUGAGGUAUGGAACCCCUGUGGGUGUCCCCAGCGGUGA